UCCGCGUGGAAAAUGAUGAACGGUGAUCCAACAGAAAAGUGAUAAGAACAAAUUCAAGUUGGUUGCAAUGGGUGGAAGAGGACGAGGAAAGGCCAGUGGAACGCUCACACAAGAACAGUUACAAUCUUUGGGGGUGACCAGCAAGGAAAUCCAGGCCGUAACUUCGGCAGCUCCGCCGCCCGUUUUUCCGGCGCUGCUCUCGAAACCGGUGGCCCUGGAGUCUAGUGUCGACAGAAACUACAAAAUCCUCUGGAAGGAAGAUUUCAUUUCCUAUUUGCGCGAAUCCGCCUAUUUCACCACUAAAAAAUGCUCGAAGCUGUCCGUUCAGCGCUACUCGGACAAAGUUAUCAACGUAAUAGAGAAUGAUCCCAAAGCGAAGCGUGACGGGGAUUUCCUCUGGAGUUGCAUGCCCGCGGAGCUGAUGCCCAAUUUCAAGCGAGCAAAGCAGAUUAAUAGCGCGGCAUCGAAACCGAAGCGACCACGCACGGCGGAAGAUAUUGACGCUAAAUUACAGGCUCUCGAGCAGAAAGAGAGUACUGCCGCGAAGGCAGAUGGCGUCAAGAAGGAGAAAAGUGAAACAGAUGACGAGAAUGAGGAUGACUUGGAAGAGGAAAUGGCUGACGAGGAGAUGGACGAUGAUAAUGAUUACGGAAACAACUAUUUCGAUAAUGGUGAAGCCUACAACGAAGAGGAUGAUAAUCUCGACGAUGGGCCGGUUUAUUGAAUAUAUUUGAUAACGAGAGUAA